AUGGUCCGCAAUCUUGUCGUCAUCGGUGGCACGUCCCACCCGCAGUUGACUCAGAGCAUCUGCAGCGUGUUGGGCAUCCCGCCGGCGGAUGUUCUGCUGUCCAAAUUUGCCGUGGGUGAGACCCGAGUCGAAAUCCAGGAGUCCGUUCGCGGUAAGGAUGUCUACAUCAUCCAAUCUGGAGGCGGCAAGGUCAACGACCACCUGCUGGAGCUCCUCAUCACCAUCUCCGCCUGCAAGACUGCUUCUGCCCGACGAGUGACCGCUGUUCUUCCUCUGUUCCCCUACUCUCGCCAAAGUGACAUCCCCUACGACAAGACUGGAGCUCCUCUCGUAAAGUCAUCUGUGCCGAACCGACCCAACAAUGGCUACACCUUUGAGAGCACCCCGCCCACCCCGGGCCUGGGCGCUAAAGCUGACGGCCUCGGUCUGAACGGAAUCGACAACCUCCAGAAGAGCCUCGCCAGGGCCCAGAUUGAGGAAAGCAACGGUAGUCCCGUGAAGCGACGUUCCGGGAACGGACUUCCGCGGAGUGACACCAACGAGUCCCUCAAGUCCAUCGCUACGAACGGGGCUGCCGAAGACUCUGCAAGCUCUGCUUCCUCUAAGAUCAAUACUUUCCAGCCGCGCCCUGGCUAUAAGCAAUGGGUCGCACAAGCAGGCACCCUGGUGGCCGACCUGCUUACCUGCGCCGGUGCCGAUCACAUCAUCACUAUGGAUCUGCACGACCCCCAGUACCAGGGCUUCUUCGAUAUCCCGGUCGACAACCUCUAUGGCCGUCCCCUUCUGAAGAGCUACAUCCAGCGCAAUAUUCCCAACUACAAGCAGGCCGUCAUCGUCAGCCCUGAUGCUGGCGGUGCCAAGCGCGCCACUGCCAUCGCCGAUCAAAUGGGGAUGGAAUUUGCCCUAAUUCACAAGGUUCGUUCAGGCACACUUAAAUCGCGCGGUAACCCAAAUGGACCAUCUGACUGGCCCUCACAGGAGCGACGCCCCACAAAGAUCACUGACCGCCAGAAUGCGACCAUGAUGCUGGUUGGCGACGUCCGUGAUCGGAUAGCCAUCCUGAUUGACGAUUUGGCUGACACCUCGAACACAAUCACCCGGGCUGCUAAGUUGGUGAAGAACGAGGGUGCCUCACAGGUUUACGCUCUGCUCACCCACGGUAUCUUGAGUGGUGACGCCAUCGACCGCAUCAACGCCAGCGCCCUUGACAAGGUUGUUGUGACCAACAGCGUUGACCAAGGUGACCAUCUGCGCCGUUGCCCGAAACUGGAGGUGUUGGAGGUCGGCCACGUUUUCGCCGAGGCAAUCCGCCGCGUUCACCACGGUGAAAGCAUCAGCGUUCUGUUCCAGUAUGACUGA